AUGAUGUCUCAACUGCUCCUGAUCCUUUCGUGGCUCUUCGUGCCUCUUUGUAAGAGGGAGAGGCGGGCGGGGGAGAGAGAGAGAGAAAGAAAGAAAGAAAGAAAGAAAGAAAGAAAGAAAGAAAGAAAGAAUUAGGCUGGUUAAAGACUGCUUUUAAAAUGUGAAAGUGGUGGGAGAGGCAUCUGCCCCAUGGUAGACAGAUAAUUUCUUUCUGCCCCACUGACACUUCUGAUCAAAUAAGUUUGGCAGCUUUUUAAACUACUAAAAUCCACAAAAGCCUGAUUAGAAGAGUGGGGUGAGUGGGGAGACCCCAGGCAGAGACCCCUCUUUCAAACCAUCUUUGUUCCUCAUUUCUCCCGUCUUAGCAAACAAAGGUUGAAAGAGAGAGACCAAGUCAUGGAUGGCAUUUUUUUACGGAUAAAUUAUAUUUUCUUGGCUGUUGAGUAGCUUGUGUUCCUGAUCACCAGGACACUGGAUACAACCUACAGCCUUUCUGAUUGCAUCCUUUCCUUGCCCCCCGACAGUUCUUUGCAAUGGAGAACAGCGCUUGUUCCUUUCCCAGACUCCCCGGUGGGAAGUAAAGCAGCUUGGAGACACGGCCAAAAUGAAUUGCCACCAGAUCGGCAUAGACCACAGCUGGAUGUACUGGUAUCGGCAGCCGGCAGCAGGAGGAGACCUAGAAUUCAUUGGUAUCCUGGUUAGAGGGACUCCAGAGCCCUCUUUUGAAGACAGGUUUAAAGGCGGGCGAUUCAGGAUGGGAAGCGAGGAUAAAAAGCACUGCUCCCUGCAAAUAAGCGAACUGAGACCUGAGGAUGCUGCCAGGUACUUCUGUUCCUCUGGAGCAGCACAAUGCUGCAAACCUUCAGCUGCUCCCCACAAAAACAGUCCUAUAGGGUGGGGGUGAGGAACUCAGGAGUGAAUGUAGUCCUUCAGGCCUCUCUGUUUGUCCCUCAGGAACCCUCGGCUCAGCCAGUUGCCUCCAGGAGCCGACUUUGGUAACCUUUCGUAAUAUGCUGCUCUGUGCGAGGUCAAAAUUUGUGCUCCAAAAUGGAUAUUCUCAGUUAUGGAUCUUCUCCAUUUUGCACCCCCUUGUCUCGGUGCCCUGUCCAGGGGAACUGGGAGAUAUCUAUAAAGAUAUAGAAUCCGGAUUCUAUAGCAACUUUGUUUCAUAAAUGUUAGGCAUUUGCCAAUUUUGUGGGGGCUUUCUUCCCCCCUUGGCUACUUAAAAGAUGUUAUGAUAAGGAAUAAUAAUGUAAAGGUGGUAACUAAUUUGAUCUCUGCAGCAAAAAACAGUAAUUGCAAAAAACAACAACACGGGGGGGGGGAAAGGUCACCUCUUACUAUUUAUGAAUGGAUUGAAAAGAUUUGGUCUGUGGUGAUAAAGAUCAGAUUAGCCUACUAUGACAGAAUGCAAUAAAUCUACCCAGUAAAUUCAUGGAGAAAUGAGUGUUAAUUUCAAUAACAAUGGCAAUGUGCAGCCAUAUGUUGUUUUCAGUUUAUUGUAAAGUUAUUAUCUGGAAACCUUGCAAAUUUAUAAAAUGCUAACUAAAAGAAAAGGGUGAGCACUGGUUCACAAAUCAGUCCUUUCUUAUCAUCCUUUAAUCUUUUUGUGAGACAUAUGUGUUUCUCUCUCAUCUUAUUUAAAAUGAAAUUAUUUUCAGAAUAAUUAUAAAAUGUUUCUGUAGACUGGUCAAACGCAGCUUGAUGACAUCACAAAUACUAGCCAAUCAACACCCUCCAUAGCAGGCUUCCCCCACCCCUUGGUUCAAAUUAAGCCAUAUUGAAAACUUGCAAAAUUCCAUCCACUCAGACUUGCUCAAGGAAAGAAAAUUAUUUAUUUUUUAAAGGAAUGUAAUUGGGGCACUUAGUCAAAACUUACUCAACCUUAGUCAGUGCUCUAAGAAUAUAACAACUGCCUUUACUCUUUGGAGAACUCACACUAUGAAUAGAAAAUAUUGGAUCACGCCCCAUUCUCAAAAAAAGAUUACCUUCCACAAACUUCCACUCACUGACAGCAGGAAUGCCCACCCAACCCUGUAGCUCUGUAUGACGUUCAGUCAUGUGCUAUUAUAUAUAUUGACGCAAGUGGUAUAGUCAUGUGAGCAGAACAAAUCAGGAGGGAGCUUGCACAAGAUUUUAGCUCCUCCCCCAUGAAUCGGAGAAUCAGAUUGGAUUGGCUAGCAGGAAAUAAGAUACCACCUUAAAUAAAAGUGGCUUCUUAAGAGAGAAUUAUUGCAUUUUUUAAUCGUCUCACAUAGAAGAAAUAUCACGCAUCGCUGAGCAUUUAAUAACAAUUUGGGUGUUUGGCUGUUUAAAGAGCUCCCUCAGGAAUCCUUAUUGGAAGGAUUAUAUACCUGUCUGUUGGGUAGGCUAGGAUUAUGAUUUCCAUUUUGCCCAUGAGGUAAAAUUUGAGCUGGAGAGUCCUCAGUUGCAUUCUGACCCACGGCACUAUCCUUUAGCUUUUCUCUGGUAAAUGUUUUGUUUUUAUUCUGUACAACUUUUCUUUAGAAUUAAAAGCUCAUUUUUUUCUGAACAGGAAGGCAGGCAGAUAUCUCUACCUCUAGUUCACCACUCAUCACAUGCCCCUGAAGACUAUAUAAACUAUAUAUGGCAGCUGGCAUACCAAUAAGGAGGAGGGGAGGAAACACAGGUCACUGUGGCUUCCUGAGCGGAGGAGCCCCCUAAGGAAAUUCUGCGUCUGGUUACAUGUCUUUGACGGUUCCCACCAACUCUGCCACUGUUCCCUGACUUGGCUGAAACCUUCAUUUGGCUGUUGGUGUCUGUGGUGAAACUCAGGGAGGAGCCAUUACUGUAUGAGAGUAAAUCAUUGUGGGGACAGGGGGCUCACAAUGAUUCAUUUCUUCAAGAGGCCUUUACAAAAACCCUCCCUUGCUUAACAAAUGGGCUCUAGCCAGGGUUUCACAGCAGAUCUAACAAUGCAGAACUUCACAGCCUUUUCAGACUUGGGAGCCACCAUUAUUUCCAACCGAAGAACCACUUUUAAUAUUUGGCCACAUAUUUUAUUCAUUCGUUCCUUUUAUUAUUAUUAUUAUUUCUGGAAUUUUUGUCCCACGUUCCUAACCCACAAGACUUCCAAAGUGGCCUAAAACAUCUUAGGUGUCCUGCUCUUUCUCUCAGUCCUUUUCCCUUCUCUCCAUGCAUCAUUCUCACUCUCUAUGCCUCUUUCCCCUUAAAAACAAUUACAAAAAUAAGAUGGCAUUUGGUACCACUGGAGGGACCCAGCUGAGGUUGCUGGCUUGAAUUCCAGUUCUGAAUCAUGCUCCAUCAGUUGAAGAACACUGGGGUAGAAGAACCCACAGAGACCUUCUGUUUAUUGGAUUUGUCAUGAAAAAUGGGGCUGACUAAGUCUAUAAUCUGCUCAAAAAAGGAUAAAAUCCUCACUACUUCCAUUAAGGGUGGAUUUCGAUAAUCACCUCUCUGCACAAUUAUUGCAGGUAGGUCUUUAAGUGGUUCAGUUGUUGUGAUGAGAAGUUGUUUGAAUUCACUCUUAUUAAAUAAUAUCUCCUCUCACAGUGACCCUCUUUCUCGUUUUAGGAAUCUGUCCCUGAGGGAAUAUCAUUCUGGAGACCCUGCUCUCGAAACACUUUACGAGGCAAAGUAUGGGCAAUAUUACCAAGCCUGGUAACACAGUGUUCCAACAAUAUCCUGUAUUUUGGGAAAGGGACUCGGCUCACUGUUUUAGGUAAGUACUUCUUCAACCAUGACUUGAAAUAUUGAAUAAUCAUUCCCUCAUUCCUGGGAACUGUAGUUCUGCCAGGGAUAGGGAAUAUUGCUCAGCACCCUCAUUAAACUACAAUUAUUUGGAGGAAAGCAUGGCAGCUGAACUUCCACGAGACCAAACUAAAUGUGUCUGUGUGUGUGUGUGUGUAGUUUAGACCCUUUCUGUCUGAAGACAUCCCCUCUUCCUAGACCACUAUUGGGCAAACAACAUUCCCUUCAGUUUGUUCUCUAGAGCCUUAAGUUUAAACAAAUCAUCUCAGUCCUGGGCAUAUGAGAUUAUUUUCCAGAGCUACAUAUUUGAUUCUUUAGACUGCAGAAUAUAUACUUUGGUAUGCACCCUUCCCCAUUUCAAACUGUCUUUUAAAAAAGUGAUAAUACUAAAUAAGGAGAGAAGCAUUAUACAUAAAAUAGGUGUUGUGGAAUGUCUUGGCUUAAAAUAUAAAUAGAACAAACAGGUUUUACAAGCAACGAAGAGUCCUGUGACUUUCUUGGUUCAGACUGCAGUGCAAUUAAAUGCAGGUAUAUAGGGGAACCAAGAAAGAAAAAGUUUGCCGAGUGGAGCCAAAGGGACAUACCACAGAAAAGGCAGCAGCAGUCCUGUCUGGCACCUUUCCCUACAGCUGACCUUUGCUUCUUGGCCACACAUCCUAAAUCUCCCAACUGAAGAUAACUUUUUGUGCAUCUGCCAGAGGCAGGCUCUGAUCUGUGAAAGCACACGAUACACCAUAAAUCUAUUAGUCUUUAAAGUGCCAUCACGAGACUGGUUUUGCUACAGUAAAAUCUAACAUGCAGAUGCCCCUUUGGGACUUGGUUGAUCCAUGAGUAGGUUUGCUAGAUAUCUUCCCCACUUCUUCCAUAGUUAUCUUGGAGAAACAGAGGGAGGUCAAUAUGAAAUUCUAUGAGAUGAACUGGGUCUGGAGACAGGGCAGGGUGGAGAGAAAUAUUCUGGAGGUUUCCCCACCUAAAGAUAAGAAGUCCCAUCAUUUUCUGAAAACACUGUUGACGUGAUUUUGUUUUUAUCUUUGCCGUAUGAGAUAAGUCACUUGUGAGCUCCUAAAUCACCCUGUCUUAACCAGAGAUAACUUCUCUGGGAAAUUUAUUCUUGCUACUCUGUUUAACACUGUGUCAAACACCCCACUGAACUUUGGCCAAGGAACCAGGCUGACGGUUCUAGGUGAGUUUUUUAUCUCCCUAAGAAAAUUCUGUUUGUUAGUAGAAACUAAUAAGGAACACAAUCUCCAGGAAAGGUUUUCUGUGUGCAAGCCCAAUUAAAAUCCCCUGCUCAAGAGAAGAGUUAUGUUUGUUUUGGAGGACAUCCAAAUGAGCUGUGUCCCAAGACUACAAUCGUAUCCCAAUUAGUAAGAAGCUAAAAACGUGCCCCUCUCACAAAUGCAGAGAAUAAGCAGAGUUAUAGAAUUGUAGAGUUGGAAGGGACCCCUUUGGUCAUCUAGUCCAACCCCAGCAAUGCAGGAUUUUUUUUUACCCAGGGUAGGGCUUGAACCCAUGAACCUGAGACUAAGAAGUCUCAUGAUCUACCAAGUGAGCUAUUGAUAUGCUCAAGAUUUAACCUAAAACUGGGAGUAGGAAGGAAGAGGCAUCUGAAUCAAUGAAAAUCUUGGACAUACGUUAACCAUAGAGGCUGCAAUUUCAUUCUGCAGGGGUCAUGGUCAGGAAACACAGUUGUACCAGAGGAAAUUAGGACGUGCCUUCCCACCCCUUGUUCAUUUUUUGGCUGGCAAUUGUUGGGCCAGGCAGGUCAGAAAAAGGCGAGAGAAAGGCAGUAUCUAUGUUAGAAAACGCCAUUGUUUUUAGGUGAUGGCUUUUUCACUGUGUACUCUGAAGCUUACUUUGGGAAGGGCACUCGACUCACAGUACUUGGUAAGAAAAUCCAUGGUGAAUUGUUUCAUUUUUUUGUAUUGGAAUUGGCUAAUUGCGACAGAGGUUUGUAAAAGCAAAGGGGUCUGGGAUGUAGGUCCUUUUUAAACUGUUCCCUAAAAUGAAAUGGGGAUGUUGUGAAUCAGCACACCUACCAAGAAAAUUUGUUAGUCAUCAAGACUUAUUUUGGAUUCCCCUGAGCAGCAAUAGAUGUUUUUGCCUUAGGAGCAAUCCCCAAAUUCACUGGCAAUUUUGCUCCAGGAGAAGUUUGGGGACUACUUAGGUUGGUGUGCGUACAGAAGGAGAGAAAGAGUUUCAGCUAAUCUUAUUCACACCUAUUUGGCUCCCUUCAAAACUCCACAGGUGUUUUGCCUGAGGAGGAACUCUUAAAUUCCACCUCUGUUUGAAGCAAAAUGUCUGUGGCAAGUCUCCAACGAACCAUUUCAGUGCAGGAACAGACUGGCUAAAUAAUUAGAGAGGUCUUUUCAUUCUCCGCAAGGAAUAACUCUCCACAUCUGUGCAUCACUUGGUGUCUUAGCACCUGAUUACUGAAGGCUGGAUGUGAUAAAGUGAGGGAAAUUGUUGAACUACAGUUCCCAUCAGCACCAGCGAGCUUAGAAGGGUCAGAAAUGAUGGGACUUGUAGUCUGGCAACAUUUUGAGGGCUAAAUGUUCCCCACCCCUGUGAUAAAGGCGAAACUAAACCCAAGUUGUGCUGAUUUUUCUAUAAAGCUGGGGGAGGUUUAAAGAAAGGGAGGAGGGGGCUUGAAUCCUUCCUUUGUGCAUGCUCUCUCCAUGGAACUGCUACUCUCUGGCUGGUCCCCCCCCCCCCCAAAAAAAGGGAUUACUUCCAUUCAUGAAGCUCCACUGGGAGAAAUAUUGCUGGAGAGAAGUGAUUUCAGAGACAAAAUGAAAGUGUGGUGGAAAGCUCUGGAUGGAAGUUUUCAUUCCUGCCUGCCAAACCAUGCUUUAUAUCAGGGUUUCCCAAACUUUCCAGCUGUUUUUGGACUACAAUUCCCAUCAUCCCUGACCACAAGCCCUGCUAGCUAGGGACGAUGGGAGUUGUAGUCCAACAACAGCUUUAUACCAUACCUUCACUCACCUCCCCCUGCUUUAUGGAGACUUUGGGCGGUCAGAUGCGUUGCCCAAAGGGAUGACAAAAAGAGGAGGCCAACUUGCUUGGAAUUUUAUAUGUACGGUAUAUAUGCCAAUUUAUAAAAUAAGUUUGCAUAACUGGACAGCCCUCAGGUAGAAGACACCUUCAGACACAGGACUGUCCUCCAACAGCCCUGAAAAUAGGCCACCCUAGAAGGAAUUGGUGGUGACCCAUUUCACGGAUCUCUUCUGAUCAUCAACCUUGGCUCUGAAUUUGUGAGAUAGCUUCACUGAGAAGUAUUGCAUACAAAGUCAUGUGAGCAUUCUAUAAGAUAGAAUGAAACGGUGUGAAAAUUCUGUCUGGGGGUGUUAGGUCCUUAAAGUCCCAUCCACACACAUGCAAAUUAUCACAAUCCUAAUGUAGUAGCAGAUCCCAUUCUCAGAGAGCAUGCAGGUGACAUUCUCAGCUCAUCUAUCGUUGUCCUGGAGCCUCCAAGGAAUUAAAGGGCAGAGGGGGAGGGGGAGAGAUGUUGUCAAGAAACAGAUGUCUUAGAUAACGUGUGCUCUGCAAUUAAUUUCUGUGACAGAUCAGGAGGAAACAAAUGUCUCUGCCUUCCAACAGAAAGCCUCAUUUCUUUUCAUGUCUUAUCAGCAUUGGGUAACUUAUGAAGUAGUGGCAGAGAGGAGGAACUUUGACAGAGCAGCUUUCCAACCGUAGCAGACAGAGGAUUACCUUGUGGGAAAUCAAAGUGGGGUUAUUUCAUGAGCUAGUUGGCUGUGCAAACACUGAUCCGUUACACUUUGGAGCAGGGACCAGGCUGACUGUAUUAGGUAAGAAGACGAAUCUUCUCACGAACCUCUGUACUGAAAAAAUGGUAAAUCUAACAUUCUUUCGAGUUCCACGUUGCUAUCUUAACAAAACUAGAUAUAUAUUGUGUGGCACAAAUUGGCUGACCUGCGGGAAACCUUCUCCUCCUAACAAGCAGCUUGGCUCCAAACAUUGACUCCAUAGCUGUCCCAGACAGAAUGGAGAGCUUUGUUAAACAAACAAACAAAAUUAGGAAUUGGUUUGCCCAAAACUGUACUGAGGGCUCAAAGGUUGUUGUUGUUGUUUAGUCGUUUAGUCGUGUCCGACUCUUUGUGACCCCAUGGAUCAGAGCACGCCAGGCACUCCUGUCUUCCACUGCCUCCCACAGUUUGGUCAAACUCAUGCUGGUAGCUUCAAGAACACUGUCCAACCAUCUCGUCCUCUGUUGUCCCCUUCUCCUUGUGCCCUCAAUCUUUCCCAACAUCAGGGUCUUUUCCAGGGAGUCUUCUCUUCUCAUGAGGUGGCCAAAGUAUUGGAGCCUCAGCUUCACGAUCUGUCCUUUCAGUGAGCACUCAGGGCUGAUUUCCUUAAGAAUGGAUAGGUUUGAUCUUCUUGCAGUCCAUGGGACUCUCAAGAGUCUCCUCCAGCACCAUAAUUCAAAAGCAUCAAUUCUUCGGCGAUCAGCCUUCUUGAUGGUCCAGCUCUCACUUCCAUACAUCGGGCACAAACGUAGCCACAGGCAAUCCAUUGCACAUUCAAUCUGAAAGUUGAAAAAGAGGGAGAGAGCAAAAGGCCAAUCUCUUAAAGCCCGGGGGGAGAGGAGACAGAAGCAGGAAAUAUAAAUGUGUUAGCUGGACUGAUGUGUCAUAGGAACAUAGAGAUAGAAGGGGCCGUGAGGGUCCUCUAGUCCACCCCCUGCAAUGCAGGAAUCCUUUUGCCCAACGUGGGUUUUGAACCCAUAACCCUGAAAUUAAGAGCCUCAUGCUCUGCCAUCUGUUCCAAACAGCAGAGGAUGAAUAUGAUCAGAAUCUGCACAUUUUGCAGAAGCCCUCCUCAUCUACAUAAACAAGGCAGUCAUUGAUAUAAUACAUUAGGAGUAAGUAGCAUGACCAUGGUAUUUAGAAAUACAAGCACUGGAAAGAUGGGAAUUGUGGCUGCCCAUACCUGCGACCAGCUGGUUCGUGGGUUACAUUUGACCAUGCUUGUAUAUAUACCAGGACAGUUGUCUCUCAACCUAGUGCCAUCCAGAUGUUCUGUGCUUUAGCAGCUAUUCACCCUGGCCAGCAUGUCCAGUAGGCAUGAUGGGAGCUGUAGUCCCAAACAUCUGGAGGGCAGAAGGUUGGGAAAGCCUAGACCAUGGGUAGGCAGACUAAGGCCCAGGGGCCGGAUCCAGCCCAAUUGCCUUAUAAAUCCGGCCCGCGGACGGUCUGGGAAUCAGCAUGUUUUUACAUGAGUAGAAUGUGUGCUUUUAUUUAAAAUGCAUCUCUGGGUUAUUUGUGGGGCAUAGGAAUCCAUUCAUUCCCCCGCCCCCUAAAAAAAUACAGUCUGGCCCCCCACAAGGUCUGAGGGACAGUGAACCAGCCCCCUGCUGAAAAAGUUUGCUGACCCCUGGUCUAGACAAUACUGGUCUGUCUGGACGAUACAUAGUCUAAUCUAGGGCAAGGCAACUUCCUAUGUUCCAGGAGUAUCUGGGAAGCUGUGGAGCAAGUUUGGGGAACCUGUGGCUUGCAGAUGUUGCUGUGUUUGUUAGGCCAGAGGCUUUUCCCAGCAGCAGCCAACCAGAUAAAAAGUUAAGGGCAAAGCGGUUGCCUGCGCAGGUGGUGUUCUCUUUGAGAGACCUUCCCCAAUCUUUGAGGAGAGAUAUUCCCUCUUUGGUGAUAACGGUUUCACACUGUGUUACAAUAACCCUCCGAGCUUUGGCCAAGGAACUCGACUGACUGUUUUAGGUAAGCAGAAGGGGUUGGCAAUGUGGGGGUGGAAUUAAAAUAAUGGCUCAUUUUAAGGGCUGCAAAAGCACUUCAGAUAUCUGCUCACAUUUAACGAUUUACUGUAUAUGGUAAAUUUUACAGGAGUGACAAUUAUGUGAGGUACGGCAAUGUCAUCGUCUGAUUAUUUUAUUUCCACUUGAGGCAGCAUCUCUAGUUAUUUCUCAUUGCUUGCUCUCCUCCAUUUUCUCCCCACAACAGCCUUGUGAGGUAGACUAGACCGAGGGGGAGAGAGCGUCUGAGCCAAGGCCCCCCCAAUGAGUUUCAUGGCUGAGUCCUAGAUGGGCAUUCUAACCACUAGAUCACACUGCCUUUCAUUUGUUGGUUCUCAUCACCUUAACAAUACCUGAGAAAAUGGAAAGGUGUGUGUGUGUCUUGUGCUUCCUCCAGGAUUUCCCAAAUCUCUGUUUAUUGAGCCCUUGAGGAGCUUAUAAAGUUGUCGUUGUCCCCAAACCGAAUUCCCAUAAGUGAAAGAAAGUAAAGAAAGAAUUGUUUUAGAAGUGAAACUCCACAUUCUUUCCCACCACCUAGGCUCCUUUUGACCUCUUGACUUCUAGGUCUUUUUUCACCCUCUGUCCCAGAUGGUCAAUUUCAAGCACUUUGGGAAACUCCACCGACCUAGUUCCAACCUCAGUUUAUUAGCACGUCUGGCUUCACCAGACUCUGGAAGGCAAACGCCUAAUGUAGAGCCAAGCACACAAAUUACAGCAGGCAAAGCCUUAAGCUGUGGGAAACAGGGGAAGCAGCUCAGGAGUGGGAACAGGCAUAACAAACACACAAACCUCUCCCUGUCCUCACCUGUGUCAUGUUGGGAGGCUAGGUGCCUUUAGCUCUUUAGUAAAGGUUUGCCUACAGGAACGUGAUGCCGUGUUCCGCUGAAAAGCUGCAUUUCGGACAAGGAACGCGGCUCACUGUACUAGGUAAGAAACACAUGAGCGGUAGGCGCAAGGAAGUCUUGCCACAGGGCUGGCAGCACGAGAGAAAGCAGAAGCAAAUAAAUUUAAAAUGUGCCUGUGCAAUUGAUGCAAACCUCAGCUGAACUAAUCUACAGAAUCCAGGGACUCGGGAAGCCAUAAAUGAUUUGGGCAAAGGUUUGUGGUUUUUUGUUUUGCAUUGUAACAUUUAAAAAGAUGAGAUUCAAAGCACACUUUUGGUGAGGGAUUCUAGUCAGAAACACUAAUGUUUUUGAGGAUGAGUGGGACCCUUUAAAUGAAUGUUGGGAUUGUCUGGCAUUUUGGGUUCUCUCGGUGGGUGGAAUGGUAGGCAAGAAAUUUGCCAAAGGUUGCAAGGCAUGUAGGACUGUAUGAUUACCACCCAGUUCCUUUAACUGUCCCCAUUGAUUUCACUAGGAAGGACUGAUGCACAGGCUUCACUUUUCUGCUGAAUCUUAAAGGGGCCACUCAACUCUGGCUGGAUUGCGUGCGGAAGUAAAACGCUGGCAUCUCUAAGAUUUCCAAGUUGAGUGUCAGAAUAUCUACUCUUAAAAGGAACCAAGGAGGCGGCAGGCAGGGGGCACAGAGGAACUAAAAUAGCAAAAUGCACGGUGGCCACAAUUCAAAGUACGAUACAAACCCAUUCAGGAAAAAGGACCCCUGUGAGAAUAACAACAACAAUCAAAAUUAUUAUAGCUUAUAGUUUAAGAGCACCCAUGAGUUCAUGGCUGAUGUGGGAUUUGAACCAGGGAUUGCAUGGAUUUGAACCUGAGAAAACAUUGACUUAAAAAAACACACCAUGAACUCUACAAAAAAAAAAUGAUAUCAGGAGAAGGCAAAGCAACACUUUAUCUUGUGCCUUGGCUGAGCUCUGGGAUCUGGUUUUGACACCAGGACUUAACUCUGGUGGAUAUGAAGAAAGGAAAAAGAAAAAUGGGCAGAAUUAGGGCCAAGUGAGUUGUGGUGUAAGGAUAUCUCUGCAUUUAACAUGCAAGCAUUUAAAAAUGCAAGCAGCAGCAACAGCUGGGAGAGAAUAAUAAUUACUGGGAUUGCAGCAGGGGUAGGUGGGUAGAAAUGUAACCAUUUCCUUCACUCCUGCAGUCCUGAAGCAAACCCCUCUUCUGAAAUGGAUUUUUUUGGGGGGUGGGGGGACCACUUGGCACACAGCCCACCCCAGCUGCUAUGAUCCGGCAGGGAACAGGGCUCCUUGAGGAGAGCCAUUUAACCAUGAAUGCAUAACCAUUUAACUUCUAGUUUCAGGCUCAACAGCCUUUCUUGCGAGAAGCUCAAUGUGGUAUACAUGAUUCUCCCACAACCCCAUUUUAUCCUCACAGCACCCUGUGAGUUAAGGUUAGGCAGAGAGACUGAGAUGGGUCCAAGGUCGCCCAGUGGGUUUCAUGUGGCCGAGUAAGGAUUUGAACCCUGGUCUCCCAGGUCCUUGUCAAGCAACAAUCUAACCAUUACACCUCACUGGAUUUCUGCACCACACUGGUUGUAGUUUGUGGAGGAGGAAAACUAGUUGUAGGGUCAACGGCUACUUCUGGAGUUCCACAUUGGCCUAGUUCUCAAGGUGGUAAAAGAAUACAUUGGUACCUCAAGUUAAGUACUUAAUUCGUUCUGGAGGUCUGUACUUAACCUGAAACUGUUCUUAACCUGAAGCACCACUUUAGCUAAUGGGGCCUCCUGCUGCUGCCGCUCCACUGGAGCACGAUUUCUGUUCUAAUCCUGAAGCAAAGUUCUUAACCCGAGGUAAUAUUUCUGGGUUAGCAGAGUCUGUAACCUGAAGCGUAUGUAGCCUGAGGUACCACUGUAUAUGGAUGCCCUAUUUCAUAUUGCAGGUGGGGACUCACGCGACUAAAUUUCUUGAAUCUUUUCAUGUUUCGGGUUUUAGAGUUCUGGUAGCCCCGAUUUCUGUCUGAAAAAUGUGUUUCCACCUUCACCAGAGCGGGCUUCAGUGAUGAGAGCCCCUCACCCCCAGUCUAAAAGUGGUAUACCCCAGACACACGUUUGCUACCUAAGAGAUCAGUCAAAGGACUUCAGUGGUACCUCGGGUUACAUUCGCUUCAGGUUACAGACUCCGCUAACCCAGAAAUAGUACCUCAGGUUAAGAACUUUGCUUCAGCAUGAGAAGAGAAAUUGCGUGGCAGCAGCAGUGGGAGGCCCCAUUAGCUAAAGUGGUAUCUCAGGUUAAGAACAGUUUCAGGUUAAGAACGGACCUCCAGGACGAAUUAAGUUCUUAACCCGAGAUACCACUGUACAGUCUUUGUUGACCCUGAAACUUACCUCCUCCAGAACUACUUGUUUUCACUGAAAAUCCUUUUGACAACUGGAGGGGAUGGUGGUAGAUACAGAUCAGCCCUAAAGAGGACUGCUGGUGUGGCAAUUCUCACAACCACAACUAGGGAUAGGAGAAUAUAUCCAUUUUUGUUUCUCUCCAUUUGCCAUUUUUACACUUAAGUUCAGGUUCCCACAUCAGUUUCUUUCUUUUUUUAAAAAGCCCUCAUGAAAAUUCACCAGAAUUGUAAUAUUAAUAUAUACAUUUUUGCAAAGCAAGUUUCCCCACUGUAAUGCAUGUUUGCAGAGUGCUUUGGCUAAUAUAUGCAUUUUAUCCACAUGUUAUCCUAGCCUUUUUGUACAUAUUACUCUGCUGGAGAACUGCAUUUUACACUCACUGGGAAGCAAGAGCAGGAGACCAACGUAACCAACUUUUUAAAACUGAAACCCUUUAUGGAACAUUUGAGAAAGAACUGUAGUGAAACGAAAUGGCUGGCAGAAUUUGAAUGAUGAGCAGCAGACUGAGAAUGACAAUAAAUGGAAUAGAGGAAAUGUGUAUUAGAUAUAGUUUGACGUUUAAUUAAAAAGAGAGAAAUGCAUUUCAAAAUUCGGGGAAGCUCAAAAUUCAAAGGAUGGUUGUGCUUUGGUUCACAUCUUCUUUCAGAAAGUUUGGUAGCUUUGCCUUUAAAUGUGAACUGAAUUGAACUCCCCCCACCCCCAUCCCUAGUCACAGCCACCAUCUCACUUAAAACCCACUCCUCUAGAGUUGACAAUUCAGGGGAUCAGUAGGUGCCCCCUCCCCACUUAAGGGGUCAGAUGUGGUCCUGGGGUCUCCACUUGUCUCCCCCUUUUCCUGUUCUCCAGCUAUCGAAAACAUCUUUAAGUAAACCCCAAAUAGUCUGCUGUAGAAAUGCAGUUUGAGUGUGAACUUGCAUGGCAAAGAUAUACUGUAUUUUUCACUCUAUAAGAAGCACCAGACCACAAGACGCACCUAGGUUUUGGAGGAGGAAAACAAGAAAAAAAAUAUUCUGAAUCUCAGAAGCCAGAACAGCAAGAGGGAUUGCUGCGCAGUGAAAGCAGCAAUCCCUCUUGCUGUUCUGGCUUCUGGGAUUGCUGUGCAGCCUGCAUUCGCUCCAUAAGAUGCACACACAUUUCCCCUUACUUUUUAGGAGGGAAAAAGUGAGUCUUAUAGAGCAAAAAAUACAGUAUCUAAACAAUAGUUUGAUGUGGUGCUUUUUUUCCAAAACAAUGUUUGGGGUACUCUCAUUUCGACUCAAGAAAAAAAAUCACAAUUUUAUAGUUCAGAUUGGGGGGGAAUACAGUAAAUGGACAAAAGGACAAAGAUUCACAAAAUGUUUAGGGGUCUGUGUCCCCCCAGGAAAAAAGCACUGGUUUGCUGCCUAGAGAAGAAGACAAAUGAUUUUCGUAGUGCCUCGUACCUCUGUGCUCUUCAUAUGAACUUCACUUUGGAAGUGGAACCAGACUCACUGUCUUAGGUAUGGUCUUGGCUGUAAGUUGGUGGUUCUGGUGGAACUUUUGCCUGUUUGUAUGUGCAGAGGGCAGGGGUAUAAGGUUUGGACUUUAUACUAAUAUUCUGUGUCCCAUUUCAAGUCCUACUGAAAUAAGGUGAAUUUCUUAGUCACCAUUGCAUAGGCACAUGAAUCUCGCCGGAGACUGAUUAGAGUACCUGCUUCUUUUCAGAGCACCGGCAAGUAGUUUGAGAGAGGGACUGGUGUCUGUGAUGUGCAUGCUCAUCAUUUUGCCUCUAACACAAUUUGCUGGGUUUUAAAAGCUUGUUUCGAAUAUUUGCAGGUUCUGUUUCACCCGAGGCAAUUAUGAGUGGGGUGGGGAGGAGGAAAUUCUUGUUCCACAAUGAUAUCAGGAGCAAGAAAAAUGGAGAAAAUGUGGGCUAAAGUCAUGGAUUUCUUAUCUCCCCCAUCCCUCCCCUCUCUCUCAAUUAUUUUUAUGGCUCAAAAAUGGCAAAACUGGGAAUUUUGGUAACUCUGAAACCAUUCCGUGAAAUAUUUUCCCCUCACACAAAUAGGAGCUCUGUUCUCCGCCCCUUCAAUAAUAGAUGAAGCUUUUUAAUAUUAGCAAAAUUAGUCUUUAAAAUGGACAGUGUUAUGACAGUGUUAAAAUGGACAGUGCCCACAUGGGCACGCACACACAUAGACUAGCUUGUGAAGAGAAUUGGUGCAAAUGAGUUUUCAGCUCCACAUUGCAUUGCAUUGUUGCUAUUUAACUUGGCAAAAUAUGGAUGGUCUGCUCAUUCUUGGCAUCAGGGCUGGUAGUAUUAUUGCAACCAUAACUACAAUGGUAGGAUCUAGUCAGCAAACUUUUUCAGCAGGGGGCCGGUCCACUGUCCCUCAGACCUUGUGGGGGGCUGGAUUAUAUUUUGUAAAAAAUAAAUGAACGAAUUCCUAUGCCACACAAAUAACCCAGAGAUGCAUUUCAAAGAAAAGGACACGUUCUACUCAUGUAAAAACAUGCUGAUUCCCGGACCGUCCACGGGCUGGAUAGAGAAGGCGAUUGGGCUGGAUCCAGCCCCCAGGCCUUAGUUUGCCUACCCAUGACACUUCAUUUGAAAGAUAUAAGCUAUCCAACCUGGAACUGAAAACAAACUCAUCAUUUAGAGCAAGGUUUCCCAAACUUGGGUCGCCAGCUGUUUUUGGACUACGGUUCCCAUCAUCCCUGACCACUGGUUCUGCUAGCUAGGGAUGAUGGGAGUUGUAGUCCAAAAACAGCUGGAGACCCAAGUUUGGGAAAUCCUGAUUUAGAGCCUUUUCCUCCUUUAAACAUAUGCACACUCAGUUGGGUGUACGUUCCACUGAGCUAAAUGGGAUUUACUUCUGAGUAAAUGUGCAUAGCAUUGUGCUGCACAUUUCCUACGUAGUCAUUUCUGGAUUUAGAGAGAACACAAUAGAAAUAAUAAUAAUGCUGGCCAUUAUUUGUCUACAGAACACCUUUAAAAACACACGCACCACAUACUCGCAUUAGCUCUUUGCUGUCUCCAGAAGUGUGGAAAGCCCUUAGCUCAAAGUUCAUCCUCCUGGGAUAACCAGUUAAAAGGACCUGAGGGGUCUGGGUUAGGAGGAGAGGGCUCUGCCUAAUAAUAAUAAUAAUAAUAAUAAUAAUAAUAAUAAUUUUUAUUUAUAUCCCGCCCUCUCCAGCCAAAGCCAGGCUCAGAGCGGCUAACAACAAUAAAAUGAUAAAACAUUCUAAAAUCAUUUCAUUAUAAAAUUAAUUCCAAUCAAAUUAAUGGCAACCAUUGGGCUAGAAGUUCUGUGAGGAUUGCCAAAGGAGGGAGUCAGGAUGUGCCCUGGCCAAUGGCCCGGUGGAACAGCUCUGUCUUGCAUGCCCUGCGGAAAGAUAAUAAUAAUAAAUUUCUUUAGUAAGUUCUUUAGUAGUUCUAAUGGGCUAGAUAGAACAAAGUUUGUGUGGCCACAAUUUCCCCUUUCAAAGAAUAUGGCCAAGCUCUAUCCAUAAUGUAUGCUCUACAUAUUGAAAGUAGGCGCUGAUCCUCCAGCGAUAAUUAAAAAUCAAUAUUUGUGGGCUCCUUGUACAACAGGUGGGGGCAGAAUUCAAUAGAAGCCCUGACUCGGGAUUCAUACACAAGUCUUGUAUGUAGGAAGAUUGUAAGAGCCAUUUCACAGAUUAUGGUUAGCCAUGAAUAGGCACUCAGCAGGAAGCUGCAGUAAACCCAACUCUUGUGAAUAUGAUACUCAUGUGAUUUUAUUGGUUGCUAGCACAAGCUGACCUCUCUCCAGUCCCCAUGCCCUCUGCAUGUAGAUUACCCACAGAAAUGAUGCCAUUUAAAUAGGGCUUCCUAGAAUUCCAAUUCACUCAUGGUUGGAAUGGAUCUGUCCAUUUUGGUUCUCUCAGAUUCUCAUUUUUCCAACCGUAAAUUCAGCUCUCCAUGCUUCUGCAGCAAUCUCUGUGUUGUUGUUUUUAAUCAUCCUGAAAAUUUGUCGGCAUUUUAGUGUGAAUUCCUCCUAAUAAUCACAUUUUUUGUAUGCAAUUCCAUGUAAUAUACGUGUUUUUUUGCAUGUUACUUUCAUGAAUAUAUGAAUUUCCAUGCACACUUUACGUUAGUAUUUUUGCACAGAUCGCUAGGCUGAAGAACUGCAUUGCAGAAUUCAGAGAAGUGUGGGUUUUGAAGGCUGGUGUGUGUUUUAAUUCACAUCAUGUUUCAGAAAGUGUGAAUUUGGUAGGUUCUCCUUUAAAUGCAAACUUAAUUGAAUUUCACCCCCAAUCCCUACCUCUUGAUCCUCUCAUUACUUGAUUCCUCAACGCACGGUGAUUAGCAGCUGACUCUGUGAACUCACACCAUUAAAAAGUGCUGUGUUUCAUAGAGUUGGGUGAUAAAUUCUAUGCAGCUUGCCUUUGAAGGCAAUUCUGCCUACUUUGCCCUUUCUGAAACAAUAUGAGAACUGAAACACAGAAACCUUUCGAAAUGUGUCCUUCUCCGAAUUUUGCAAUGCAGCUCUUCAGCCAAGUGAAGUGUGCCCAAAAACACAAAAACAACAUACACCCAUGCAUUCUAUUAAGGGAAAUGCGUACACUGGUGAGGCUCGCCAAUCUCCCGCAAAAGCAAAAAUCUGACCUUUUGCUGUUAGGCAAAGAUCAGAAGAUGACCUGGAUAGUCGCCAGAUUCUAUGUACAAAUCUGUAGGCGCAGACCAUCGGUCAACACAAAGUAGUCCGGCAUGAAAAUCCCCCAACUCGGUCCCAUGGGUGACUCUGAGUCAACUCCCUGGGAUAGUUUAUUGUUGUACAUUGUUUCUAAAUUUAUUGUUGUACAUUGUUUUAAUUGUCUGUUUUAACCAUAUUUGCACAUCAGUUUCUAAUGUUGUGAGUGUCCUCUAUUUCAGGGGCUUCUACUCUGCAGCCUCUUAUAGUUGUUUUAACUGCGGGUCUUUUAGUUCUUAUGCUCUUACAGUUGUCUUAACUGCGUGUUUUUAUUUGUUUUUAGUUCUUAUCUGUUUUAAUUAUCAGUUUUUAUCCAUCCAUUAUCCGUGUUUAAUCUAGUAUUUUAUUCAGAUGUUUUAUCCAAUGCUUGUUUCUUUGUCCUUAUUUGCUCUAACAAUUAUCGGUUAAAAAAAAAUAAAUCCUAACUGCUAUUUUAUUUAUAGGUUUUUUGCUUUUUGUUUGCUUUUUUUUUUGUUUUUAUCCUGGUCUGUGACCGUAAUAAAGUUCAUUCAGUUCACAUGUGUCUAUUUAGAGUUAGAAUUUUUCAUGCUUACUUUAAAAUAAAUCGCAAACGGAUGCCGAAAUGUGGAGAAGUUAACGUAAGAUUGGGAAAAUGGGGAAACUGGGGGACGCCACUAUGGACCGAUUUGCAUAUCCCUGGUUUCAGGUGACAUCAAGGGAGAAGUGAAAUCCACAACGGCCUGUUCGUACGUGCAAGUUGAAAGUGAUGUCGUUGAAAGUGGCAAAAUAGCCAACCGAAGGUCAAGGAGGUAAAUCAUCUUUGUAUAGCAUGUGCUUGUUCCUUUCUCUUCCAGGAGUCGACCAAGAUGUCAGCCCCCCUCAAGUGACCGUAUUUGCCCCGCCCAAGCAGGAGGUCGACGAAAAGGAGAAAGCCACCAUUGUGUGUUUAGUCACCGAUUUCUUCCCAGAUCAUGUCGCCCUGAGCUGGACCGUGAAUAACGAGAAGAGAACGGCUGGGGUAAAGACAGAGGACCCAGUAUAUGACAACACCGCGAAGCGCUAUUCAAUGACCAGCCGUUUAAGAAUCACCAAGGAAGAGUGGCAGAAUGCAGAUAAUAAGUUUGUGUGCAGAGUCAGUUUCCACGAUACAGAAGGAUCCACAGACUAUGAGGAUGACAUAAAUGGUGCAGGUAAGUGAAGAGCAGGUUAGCAAAGACUGCCCUAAAGACUAGGGAGCUCAGAUUCCCAGGAAGGUGAAAUCUACCACAAGCCACCACGUUCUCUAUGCAUUCCUGUAGUUUUGCACCAUACACAGUCCUGGUCACAUUUUUUAAAAGUUUUAUUUACAGUGGUACCUCUGGUUAAGUACUUAAUUCGUUCCAGAGGUCUGUUCUUAACCUGAAACUAUUCUUAACCUGAAGCACCACUUUAGCUAAUGGGGCCUCCUGCUGCUGCCGCGCCACCGGAACACGAUUUCUGUUCUCAUCCUGAAGCAAAGUUCUUAACCUGAAGCGCUAUUUCUGGGUUAGCGGAGUCUGUAACCUGAAGAAUAUGUAACCUGAAGCGUAUGUAACCUGAGGUACCACUGUACAUGGGCAAAAUGCUCCCAGAUCCAUUUGACUGCAAACCAUUCCUCAUCUCUAAUACAUUUUCCUAGUAAUGUGUUCUAUCAUAUUCAAACAUUUGUUGAUGAACUCCUUUCAUUGCAUUUGUCUUAUUCUACCAACUGAUCCUCAAUGGAUUUCCAAAUAGCAUGUAGUUUCCCUAAACGUACUCAAGAAAUUGUGGCGGUUUUCACACCUAGCCAAAUCUUCUGAUGCCAAUAUUCAAGGAAGAGUCUAUUCCUGCUUUUUGCAAGGGGGGGGGGGCAAAGAUCAUUUUGCUAUCAAUAUAUUGCCCAUUAUUUUCUCUCCCCCCCCCCUUUUUUUUUACACACAACCUCUGGAGACAUUCAGGAGAAGUACAUGCACAUUUGGGUUUUUAAAGUCUUGCUUUGGAAAUAGUACCCCCCCACCCCCACCCCACAUGCCCACCUGUCACUUUCCCUGUCUACUUUCAGUUUUUCCAGGUCUAAGGAUAGCUAAUAUGUCUUCUCCCCCUUCUGCUUUCAGAUUGUGGUGGCGGCAGCGAGGCUGCAAGAGGUAAACCCAAAUUACCUUGUGCUUUCAAUGCUGGAAUUUCAUUGGAAAUAAAAACACAAGAAACCUCCCUUAUACUGAGCCAGACCACUGACUCACCUAGCUCAGUUUGUCAGCACUGGCUGGCAGCAACCGUACAGGAUUUCUACAAAGGUCUCUCACAGCCCUACCUAGAGAUGCCAAGGUUUGAACCUUGGGAGCUUUGUAUCAGAUGCCCUACUAGUGAGCUAGAGGUCUUCUGCCAACCAGUCUUCUACCUAACAGCGCUUGCAAUAAACAUGGUCGGAAUUAAGUCCCAUUGACUUCAGUGUACACAGCUUCCUGUUUAGGGAGGAUGACGAUCUGUACAUGAAGACAGGAGGUUACCUGUGUAGGUUUGAUUACUUCUGAGUUCAGUGUGACUGGGCAGCAGGGGGACCUCUUGGUUCUGCUCCAAAACGUUUUGGCACAGCCAGUCUGAAAUAUACUCAGAGUCGAGAGCGGAUUUCAUGCUCUUUAUUCAGCUCAUAGGAGGAAUGACAGUUCCCCCCAAAUAUCUGCUUUAUAUACAUUAUUUACACAAUGGGUUGCAUGUGAUUGGCUAAUUCCAGGAUUCUCCUAUGGCCAAUCAGGUUGUGGAUUCACUUCCACCUGGAGCUGGAUUGGGUGGCUCCUGCAGACCAAUCAUACUGCUGCAUUGUUCUAGGACCAAUCAGACUGCUGCAUUCUGAAUCCUAUUGUUCUAGGACCAAUCAGACUGCUGCAUUUUGGAUCCUAUUGUUCUAGGACCAAUCAGAUUGCUGCAUUUUGGAUCCUAUUCAACUCAGUACAUAACACAGUCCAUGAUAAACGUCAUCUCACCUACUGAUAGCCUCCAGGGCACCCAUACAGGCGUGUCAUCAUCCUGGGCUUCCAACAUGGUGAAGGGAAAGCAAUAUUGCUACCCCAACCCCCAGCAGAGCAGAUGAAGGCAACUGUAGAUUGCCUGUAGCUCUCGUUGCAUGGCCUCCAGCACCGCGAGAGAAGAAUAAUAGCCCCAUCCUUCAGGAAUAAGCAGGGAAGGCAAGUGUAGCAAGGCUCGAGGAUGUUCCAAGCUGUCCUCUGUAGACCUCCCCUGCUGUUUCCAAAAUGGCCCUAGAACCUGCAAGAAAGCACCUGCUCCCGUCUUAUUCAGAAGGCUUCGACCCCAGUCUGAACCCUCGGUUUUGACCCUGAUCCUGGGUGGGUACAAUAUUAGUGCAGCAACUGUAAAUAGGCAGAUGUCUGCAUUUUGAUCCAUGUUUCUUUGCCCAUUGACAGAUCUGUUCAUCUAAUAACCUCCGUUCCUCCAAUCAAAAGCUACACGAAUAGGAAUUGCCAAUAAUUGUUCUCUGGGUUAGUUGCUUGCUUCAUGCAGAGCCUUGUGUGCUGUUUUAAUAUGUAACCCUGAAAAUUGUGCUGUCUGAAUAUAAGCUGGUGCACAGACAUGAGCAGUUCCUUGAAACUGGCCAAGCUUUAUCUGAACUUCAUCUAAAUCUCUUCCUCCUUAUAUUUGAUUGGCUCCAUAGACAAGUGAAACUUAUGGUUGUGAGUCAGGAAACCCUAGACUGAACAGCCCUAGACUGGGUAUUUCCCAGCCACUUUUAAGUGCCCAAUAUCAUCUCAAACUAAAGGAAGAUUUUCCUGAACCAGCAUGCAGACAGAAAUGCAGCUGUCACACUUUUCUGAAUUUUAUGUUGACGUUCUCCAUCGAAAAAAGGCACACACGAAGGAAGCAUACUUUAUGGGAAAGGGCACCCAAAAAUGCUUCAAUUAGGGAAAAUCAUGUAUAAAAAUGCAUUGUAGUAUGGAAUAUUUCGGGGGGGGGGGGAAUGGUAUAUUAGGUACUAUUUGUACAAAAAUAUAUAUAUCAUUGGGGGGGGGGGGAGUUAAACUGUGGACUUUGCUGCCACAAGAUGUGGUGAUGGCUACCAGCUUGGAUGACUUUUGGCUCGGGUUUCCCAAACUUGGGCCUCCAGCUGCUUUUGGACUACAACUCCCAUCAUCCACAGCUAGCAGGGUGGAUGAUGGGAGUUGUAGUCAUGGUGGCCAUGUUCUACCUCCACCGUCUGUAGAUGACCUUGUGAUCAUUCACAUUUCUUUCCCACCCUUGAUUUUUAGAGUCGUAUCUCACGCAAGCCUAUCUUGGGGAACUGGUGUAUAUUCUUCUCAUUCUCAAGAGCACCUUGUAUGGAGCCUUUGUGAUGGGAUUAAAACUAAGAAAAAAGGUAAAGUACAGUGUUGAUUCUUUCCGCCCUGGGCCCACCAAUUUCUUUUGAAAAUGUGACAUACGGAUUCUUCCGCUGUGACCCAGCACUGAAUUCACUCUGUUUAGCCUUUAAACACCACAGGCUAAUCCAUACUUCUUCUUGUUGUGUUGCUUUUCCCUGCGGAAAACCACUCUGUGACCCCCCCUCUCCCCAGAUCUUUCAUUAUUCUGGUGCAUUUAGCCCAGAAGUAACAAUCUGCUCUGUUCUGUUUCCUGUUCCAUGACAGUUGGCACCAUAG